UUUGGGAUGUUCGUCUGCCUGUCAAACUUCCCAAUGCAAUAUUGCGUUGAAUGUCCGUUGCAAUUGUGAUGGCCGGCGAUGGAUUCUUCCGACCGUGCGCCGUUCCGCGUGUAUCGUAAGGAUUUUUGGAGAGGCAACCCCAGGAAAGUAAAAUUAUCUAUAAAAAUGUCUGAAGGAAGAAAACAAGAUCCAGCAUGAAAACAUGGAUACCCGAUGCCCAAUGUCAAGAAUGGAUUUAUUUGCAAAUACUGCGGAAUACAAAUGAAAAGUGGUGGUGCAACAAGAUUAAAAAUGCACCUAGCAAAUUACGACCCGCAGCAUAAUAUAAAAUUUUGCGACAAAGUACCUCCAAAAGUUAAGCAGGAAAUGAGAAUUGUUUUAGAAAGAAAAACAACAGCUAAGGCCAAAAAAAUAGAAAGAAUGGAUCAAAUAAAAAAUAAAUUGCGUGGGAACUUGAUGCAAUCACAACAAAUUGAUGAAGUUGAUGAUGUUGACGAUAUUACAUACCCACCUGACAUUUCUUCCUAUGAAAGGUCUGCAUAUCGUCAAAUAUUCUAUACUUCAAAACAGACGGAAUGGGAAAGAGACCAAUCUCGUAGAUUUGCAGGUAGGCAACAAGGAGGUAGUUCAGGGGCUGGUAGUAGUGCAGGGCAACCUCAGAUGAGGCGAUCUCAAAGUGUGAGAGAGCCAUAAAUAGAGCCAUAUAUUUCAAAGCCUUCUCAACAUUACAAGUCAGAUGCAGCAAAACAAAGAAACUUGAAAAAUUUAUUCAAAGGAGGUAAAAUAAAAGAAGAAAUGAAUAGGUUGAUUUUGAAGUUUUUUAUAUAUGAUAAUGUUCCACCUGAGAAGGCAAAAUCACCUCAUUUUAAAAACAUGGUAUGGGUUUGUCAAUCAGCUGAAACGGGAGUCGAUCCACCGACACCCUAUGAAAUCAAAACAAAAUACCUUGAUUUAGAGGUAAAAGAAAUGGAAGACCACGUACAAGAAGUAAAGAAAAAGUGGGCCACCUAUGGCUGCACUGUAAUGUGUGAUGGAUGGACAGGCCCUACAAAAUUAUUCAUUAUAAAUUUCAUGGUUUACUUGAAAGGAAGCACAAUUUUUCUAAAGUCGGUAGAUGCUUCUGACAAAAUAAAAGACCAUGAAUACAUAUAUUCCUUAUUAAAACAUGUUGUACAAGAGGUAGGAAAACAACAUGUUGUCCAAGUGGUGACCGAUAAUGGUAGUGCCUACAAGAAAGCGGAUCUAAAAUUCAUGAAAAAAUUCAACUUGUAUUGGACUCCUUGCGCUGCUCAUUGUAUUGAUCUCAUUUUUGAAGAGAUUGGAAAAAGAGAGGCAAUAAGCAUCGUGAUCUUGCAGGGGAGACAGAUCACUAAUUUUAUAUAUAAUCAUGGAUGGUUGCUUGCUAAAAUGAGGGAGCACUGUCAAGGGGAUAUUGUGCGUCCAUGGGCCACACGAUUUGCUACAAACUACAUUGCACUUUAUAGCCUACAAAAAAAAAAAGAGUAGGUUUAAAAUCUCUAUUCACAUCUGAUGAAUGGGUUGAGCAUGCUCUUAGUCGAACAAAAAUGGGUAGAGAAAUUGAAAGUACAGUUCUUAACCAUCAAUUUUGGGAUAGAGUGGCAAAAGUUUGUAACAUUUAUGAGCCUAUAUAUCGAGUAUUGCGUAUAGUUGACAGUAAAGUGUGACCAACAUUAGGAGUUGUGUUUGAAACAAUAAGGGUGAUGAAAGAGGCCAUUGAAAUUGGUGCAAGAAGUGCAAGAUGGGUUCUCAAAGUCAUCAAUGACUGGUGGGAAAGAACCCUUGAACAUCCUCUUCAUGCAGCAGCUUAUUUCUUAAAUCCAAAAUGUCAAUACAAAGAAGGUAUUGGGGAAGAUCCUUAUUUUCUUGAUGCAGUUUACAAAGUUUUUAACACCAUUAAGCCACAUUCCCCGGGCCUGGAUCAAAUUGGAAAUGAGAUUAUUAUAUUUAGAGAUGCUAAAAGAAGCUUUGGAGAAGCAGCUGCUAAAGCAGUUAGGGCAACCAUGGCACUUGCUGAUUUGUGGAUGAUAUAUGGAUCAAGUGCUCCAAUCCUAAGAAAGCUAGCAUUGCGCAUUUUGUCACAAACCACAUCUUCAUCAGCUUGUGAACGAAAUUGGAGCACAUUUGCACUCAUUCACACAAAGCAAAGAAAUAGACUAGUCUACAGCAGACUUCAGCAGCUUGUUUUUUGUUAUUACAACAUGAAGCUUCGAAUAAGAGAUAUGGAGGCCGAAAUGGACAAAGUGGCUGAACAAGAUCCCCUGGACCUUCUUGACAUAUCAGUUGAAUUGGGUGAUAAGGAUGAGUAUCCUCUUUUUCAAUGGAUUAGGCUAUCUCAUCUUGAUGAACGAGACGGAAGUCCCCAUCCACAAAUGGCCAAGCAUGCACAAGAUGACUUUGGCAUCGAUGUUAAUCAGGUAAUGGUAGAAGAAGUAAUAUCUAGUAGUGAUGAUUCUCAAAUGAAUCUUGGAUCUAGAUAUGGAACUUCAUCCACUAUGCCCUCUGGUGGUGAUGAUGAUAAUGACGACGAUGAUGCUGGUGGUGACGAAUCUAACCCCGGCGGUAGCAGUGGGCAAGGUGGUGAUGGUGGGGACUAUGGAGGAAAUGAAGGAUGGUAAGAUUAUAGACCUACACGUCCUUCCCAACUAGAAGAUGAGGGUCCACAAAGAGAAACACAUCCAGUUGAUAGGCAUUACAGUCGUAGAAAAGGAAAAGGGAAGAUGCAUCAAAUAGAAGAGGAUACCUUUUCCCUUAGUAUGGAAUUUAUGAGUGUAGGAACAGAGCACGACUCUAAUAGUUAUGGUGGUUAUGAAUCUACACAGAACAGCUCCUCACAAUCUACAUAUGGCCAAUCGUUUUCACACGCAAAUGAGCAGGCACAACAAUAUGGAAAUUGGCAACCAUAUGUCUAUGGGUAUGGACAAACAGGUCAAGAAUAUGGGUAUGAGUAUGACCAGUAUGCAAAUGCAAAACAAUCCAAUGGACAUACACAACAAGUAGAACCUGCAAGAAGAAAUCCUAGCACACGAAGAUCUUCUGGCCGAGUAGAAACUACCAUAAACCAGAUGACUACGGAGGAGUAUGAACAACACAUGUACACCUAUACUCAAUAUUUUAGAAAUUAUAUGACAUGGAGUGAUUAUUGUAAACAAUAUAUGUCAUCUCGAAAUCCUAAUGAUAGGGAUAGGAGAGAUGACUUUGAGCCACCAAGAAAGUCCAUGUGGUAUUAGAUCAUUAAAUGUAUAAUUUUUAUUGAAAAUGUAGUUGUUUAAAUGAUAAUUUGUUGCCUUAAAUCUUAAAGGAAUAGCUUCAAAACUUUAUAAUCAUUUGAAUGUU